CAGAAAAAUGACGAUUUUGAAGAGAAGCUUUUCUCCUUUAAAAAUCCAGCAUUUGUCGACCACUGUUAUAAGUCAUUUACCUGGAAAAAAUACUUCAGCUGCUUCAGAUCAAAAGCAGCAGAAAUCUUCAGAUUCUUCAAAGCAUGCCAAAAAGAAAUCUCUGAAAAAGAUUCCAACUUAUUUAAAUGAAAGUGAAUAUAUAAAGAAGGAAUUGCCAAAACCAUUUGGAAACUUUUUGCUCAACACUAGAAUGAAAACUCAUCAAGAACUCGAAGUUUCACCGUUAGAGUAUUUACAAACAGUUUGUUCUGACUCUAGCAUCCUUGUCAACCCAGAUACAACAGAUAGAAUAGUCAACCUUAUUCUCAACCAUACUAGGAAGGGCCGGGAGACGAUAUUUUAUGAUAACAUGACUGGGUUCUGCCUUAUCUCUGCUGGAAUUAUAAAAUCUAAAAAGUUUAAGAGAAUAAAAAUUCUUCCAACGGAUCAUUGUCUACAGCCUUUGAUGCAGUUUUCAUUGGAUGAAAAUAUUCUGGAUCGGAAAUAUUUUAAACUUCAUCCGAGUACAUUUAGAUGUAGCAGUAUUGCAGCUAAAGCUCUCCGUCUCGGUAUCUUCCAUCCAACCCCCUUCCUCCCCCUCAACCCACAACCUGGUUGGGAUAAACAGUCUCCACCCUAUACUCUAGUAUCUACAGUAUCUGAUGGCUUUGUUAAAUAUCUUACAAUGGCAGUUCUCUACAGAAAACAGGGAACAAGUUUCACAGAUUUCCGUGAGUGUAGACCUGAAUUCUUCUUCUUUAUGUCUGCUCCAACCUACUUCCAUAUUUGUGGUGGGGUGCCUGAUAUGUCCCCAGCCACACAUCCUCUACCCCCUAGACUAAUGCAGAAGAAGCAGGAAAAAACCAAGAUUGUGAAUAAAUUUAAUAUCAAGAUAACAACAUUAUUCAGAUUAUUAUUUGAUUUUUACUUGAUUGAUACUCUUCCAGCCUCAAGCUUUCUUCCCUGGAGACAGAAUAGGGUUUCAUCAGUGGGAGAAAAAUCUAAUUAUGAUAAGUAUGCUGACCAGCAGCUGCUGGUUUAUAUUCGACCUAAACAGAAUCCUGGCAUUCAUCUCUCCAAUCCUGCUCAUCUUCAAUACUUUAUAGAGGUUCUGAUGAGAAAGAAGAAGUCUGUAACUGUUUUACCGAUCCUUGAAUCCUGGAUGCCAGGUUUAGGUCAGGAACUGAUACGACUCAACCACUCCGUGUUUACUACUCCUGCAGACCUUAAACUCUCCGACCUAGUUCAUCUGUUCAACCAUCUGGUUCAGCAUCAACUCUUCAAGAACUCGUCUUUUAAAGCCGCGGCAGAGACAGCAGAACAGUUUACUCAACAAGGAACUGGAGAUAAUGAAAAGGAAAUAGAUAAAGCGAAGAAAAGAAUGUUGCGCAAGCUAAGGAAACGCUCAGCACCAGAAUCUUUAGUAAAGUUGUAAUCUAGUAAAAUUUAAAUUAGUUUUUAAGAUCUAGACUUUUUUAUUGGAAGUACUUAUGUAUUAAAUGUACGUACUAUAGUACACAGGGUUACCCACAAAGAAUGAGACUUUAGGCACGAUUGUAUCAUUAAAUGCUCAUCCUGUAUGGGUAACACACACACGUGUGAAAAAAAGUAGAAUCAAAGAAGAAUAUCACCUAUUAAUGAAGGCUGUGAAAUAUUGUAUUAAAUCAAUAAAAUCUUUCAAUUUUUA